AUGUCAGAGCAACCAUUUUUUGACAGUGAAAGUGGUCUUUGGAAGUUUAAAGAUCCAAACGGUGCCGAAUUAUACUGGGAUGAUGGGGAAAAAGCAUGGAAAGACCAGGACGGUGCUGUUUUGAAGAACACAGACCCUUCUGAAGUAAAAAGCUUUGAAAAACUCGAAGCCGAACAUAUUCAGGAGCAACGUCAAAAAAAUGAGACUCGUAAACGGAAGAACAGCUCAAGUUCGGACACGAUCAAUCCUCCAUGCUCUCCUAAUCGGACUGAAGAAGUGAAUAAAGAUGCCAAUAAACCCCCGGUUGUUAUCAACAAGGCUGUUUACGUGCAAGGAUUACCGAAAAACGUAAGCGUGAAAGAGGUCCAAGAAACAUUCAGCAAGUGUGGUAUCAUUGCAGAAAACAUUGACACUGGAACACCGAGAAUCAAGCUGUACACGAAUGACGCUGGUGAGCUGAAGGGAGACGCAUUGAUUGUUUUCUUAAGAAGCGAGAGUGUCGAUAUGGCAGUACAACUUUUGGACGACACAGAACUUCAUUACGGAUCAGGACUACGUAUGCAUGUGCAGCCGGCUAGUAUAGACUACAAAAAGGAAAAAACCGUUCGAAACGCAUUACCCGAGAAUGUCAAGAAAAAGCUAAAGCGGCGGCGUCAGCAACAACUCGAAAAACUAGCUGAAUGGGAUGAUACAGAGAGUCCGGAAGCCGAACGGUUACGGAAAAAAUGGGGCAAGUUUGUCGUCUUGAAACAUAUGUUCACGUUGGAAGAGAUCGAAGCUGCGCCCGAACUAUUGAUUGACUUAAAGGAGGACAUAACCGCUGAAGCCGAGAAAUGUGGAGAAGUCACGAAUGUGGUGCUUUAUGAUAAAGAACCUGAUGGCAUCGUGAUGGUUCGUUUUCGGACAACAGAAGCUGCAGAUGAAUGCGUACGGCUCAUGGAAGGUCGUUUCUUCGAUGGCCGUGUUGUUGAAGCCUUUGUUUACGACGGAAAAACUCGUUACCAAAAGACUGGACGGCAUGAGGAACUUAACGGAGACGAGAACGAAUCCGAACGGCUUGAACGGUUUUCGGAAUGGAUUGAGAAGGAAGGUAACGAAUGA